CUGGAUCCUCACCUCGCACAAGGUCCAUUAGCGGUUUCGGUAUGUGGAGAAGCGUACGUCGAAAAUCUCGUCACAUAUCUGAAAGCGAAAGCGAGGGUGAACGAAGCGUUGAAUUAUCAGACAUACAGAAAAGGGAUGAGGCUGGCGGGGUUUUACGAACGCCAAUUCGCCGUUCUACCGAGACCCUGGUUCUUCCUCUACAUGAAACUCUUGACGCCAAUAGACAAAGAUCCAAAUCUGGCUGACUUAGUCACUUUAGUCACUCACAGCAAAGUGGUAGCACUUUCAGAUGUGUCCUUCACCACUCCUAAAAAGCGGAAUGGGAAGAACGAUGACGAUGUGUUCCAAAUCACCGAGCAACACCAAUUAGUUUGA